ACCGCGGAGCACUGGAUGACGUCACAGCCCACGUCAUCACUGCAAGGGUCCUGCUCAAUUUGUUUCGAGGAUCUCAAACAAAAUGAUAAGAUAUCGGCGAUUGUGUGCGGGCACAUUUAUCACCACGGAUGCAUUUCACAGUGGAUCGCGACAAAACGGCAAUGUCCGAGUUGCCGACGGACGGUACCGAAGAAUGGAUUUGUGGAGAAGCUGUUCUUUGAUGUACAACGAAUGGGUGGAGAAGCUGAAAAACCACCGGAGAUUGACUAUCGGGAAGAGCACUACAAGCUCUCGACAUCGCUGAAAGUGGAGCAGGAAAAGCUGGGAACACUGAACACGGAGAAUAAGAACUUAAAGGAUACUGUAAAGUCGUUGGAGAAGAAAAUCAUUCGGGAAAAGGACAAAUAUCGUCAGGAAAUUCCGAAAUUGCAGGCAACAAUCAACCAUUUGACUAUAUCAUCAGAAGAAACUGCAUAUUUGAAACGGGAGCUUCAAGAGUCGAAAAAUAGACUUAAAACUUGUGAAUUCUACAAAAUCCUUACUGUACAUAGCUCGGAAGCCGACAAGCAACUCGGCGAAUAUUUGAAAAAAAACGGGAAUUUAGAUACUGAAAAGUUCUUUCAAUUGAUGAAAAGCACAAACAAGGAUUUGACUGAUAAACGGAGAGAGGCGGCCAAGGAAAUUGAGCAAUUGAAGAUGGAAGUUCAGUCGUUAAAACGGGCGGCUCAAGAGGAUGCGGCGAUUAAAAAGACCCUCAAAAAGACUGUUCUUGAUCUCCGAGAACGCGCCAAUGUGGAUACUCCAAUAAACAAUAAACGACUUCGAGACGUACUGGAAACUGAAACUCCGCCACCUGCAAAACGGAAAUCUAUGGGAUUUGAUGAAUCGAGUCAAAUGAUUGACCCAGACGGGGAAUUGUCGUUUUUUAAGCAAAACGAGAACAGAACGCCUGUGACAAGUGUACCAUCAACUUCAAAAGCAGUACUUCCAUUUAAUUUCGAUGAUGAUGAGGAUGAUGAAUAUUUCAAAACUCCGAAAAUUGCAGAGAAAAAGAAAAAAUUGCCGGAAGCCAUGGCUCCUGUCAGUGAAGACUCAUUCGACUUUGACAUUGCCGUUCCCCAAUCAAUAAUCAAUCGAAUUCCUGCAAAAACUACUGCACAACCUGCAAAAAAAUAUCCAAAAAUCCCGAAUUUAAGCGCCAAAACGUCAUCAAAACCCACAGAAGCUCCAAAAACUGAAAAUGUGCUGAAAAUCAAGUCAAAAAGUCAAGAAAUUGCUCAAAAACCGCAGAAAUCCACACGAAUCUCGAGCUUCUUCUCCAGAACUACAUCUUCUACGUCGAAUCUUACGGAAUACGUUAUUUUGGACUAAAAAUGUGAUUUUUAUCUUGUUUUUGAUAUGAAUAAAUUGGAUUUUAAAUUA